GGAAGGGAAAGCCACAGUAACCACAGGGACACAGAAACACUGGCAGGAGUCGGAGAAACAGCCAGAGAAGACAAACAGACCUGCACAUUACCACUUACACUGACCAAACAGAUUAUAACAGACACACACGCAGAAAGACACAGUAUCCCAGCAAUAUGGCCCAGACUGAAAAUGAUGUGGCCACCAUGGGGCCCAAGUCAGAGUUUCUCAAUGGAGACCUGACCAAUAGCACUGGAGAGCAGAAGCCGUGGCAGGACAGUUUGGCAGGGGAGAAGGUGAGAGAGAAGGCACAGGACGAGAGUCCUUGUCUAGCCGAGGAGAUUGAAGAAGGCAGUGCACCCACUGAAGAAAACAAAACUCCCAAUGGGAAAGAGGGCACAGAAGAAGAGGGGGAGAGACAGGAGGAUGAGACAACAGCGGAAGCAGAACAGACAGUGGAAGGAAUGGAGAAGAGCACUGGUUCUUUAGAGAGAGAGGUGACUAAUGGUGGAAAUACACAGGGAGAGGAGGCUGGGCCUACUGCUGCCACAUCUGAGACCAUCUUGGAACCCUCUGGCAUCCCAGGCGGACAGGAGAGAGGAGAGGAGCAGGGGACUGAAGAAGAGGGGAAGACUGAGCAGGAAGAAUACCUGCAGAGGGGGGAGAGGGAGCCCAGAGAGGCAGAGGAGGGAGUGGGGGAAGCAGUGGAGGAAAGCAGCAGCAGCAGUGAGGAGUCAAGCAGUGAUAGUGAGGAUGAGGUCGAAGCCGAGGCUGAGUCUACUGCAGAACACAGCCAGAAGGAGGUGGAAGAUAAUGGUCUACCAAGGAAGAAGGAAGAGGUUGUUGAGGGAGAAGCAGUUCUGGAGGCACCAAACCAGGAAGCAGCGAUAGGUCCUGGGACACUCAGGGAGGAGAGUGGUUCUGAACCUCAGGAGUACGACAUCUCACUGUAUGUCAAGGCUGGCAGUGAUGGGGAGAGCAUCGGGAACUGCCCCUUCUCCCAGCGUCUCUUCAUGAUCCUCUGGUUGAAAGGUGUCAUUUUCAAUGUCACAACUGUCGACCUGAAGAGGAAGCCAGCUGACCUACAGGACCUGGCUCCUGGGACCAACCCUCCAUUUGUGACUUUUAAUGGAGAGGUGAAGACUGAUGUUAACAAAAUCGAGGAGUUCUUGGAGGAGAAACUGGUGCCUCCACGAUACCCAAAGCUGGCAGCAAAGCACCCAGAGUCCAAUUCAGCAGGGAAUGAUGUCUUUGCGAAGUUCUCUGCCUACAUCAAGAACACCAGGAAAGAUGCCAAUGACACCCUAGAAAAGGCCCUGUUGAAGGCACUGCGACGACUGGAUGACCACCUGAACACUCCACUGCCUGAAGAGAUUGAUGCUGACAGCACAGAGGAACCGGGGCCAUCCACCCGCAGCUUCCUGGAUGGAGAUGAGCUUACACUUGCCGACUGCAACUUGCUACCAAAACUGCAUAUCAUCAAGGUAGUGGCCAGGAAAUAUCGGAAGUUCGAGAUCCCAGCGGACAUGAUGGGGGUGUGGCGUUACCUGAAAAAUGCGUACCUGAGAGAGGAAUUCAUCAACACCUGCCCUGCCGACCGCGAGAUUGAGUUUGCUUACCUGGAUGUGGCCAAGAGGAUCAAAUAGCCGGCUGAGGGCAAGGGGACAGAUGUGGGUGGGGUGAAUUCAUUGGAGUCUAUAGAGAUGUUUGAGCCACAGACAUGAAGAAGGAUCCCUGGAUCUGUGCUUGCCAUCAACAUUCCACAUCUUCUUCAGAGGACAAGUGAUUCAUACAGCUCAAAAAGACCAGAGUUGUUCAGGGGCAGAUCAGCAGAGCAAAAGAAAAAAAGAGAGUAUCAACCUCAUGAGUCAUUGUCAAGCCUUCCUCAUGAUACAUAGCUCACUGUCCUUUUUAUGGAGAAUUUCCUGUUCACUUUAAAGAUGAGACAAGCAAAAACCAUCCCAAAAAAAAGUUCAGAAAUAUUAGGUUGAUUAGUCCUCCAGUCUAAAAAGUGGUUUAAAUCCUUGUGUGGUUACACAACGAAAAAUUGAAUAUUAUUAUACUAUUCAGACAUGAGCACACAAUGGACAACAUGUUUAAAUGCAGUAGGACUUUCCAAUGUUAUAGUACUAAUGAAGUUUAAAAAAUCUAAAGGCCUUUUGGGAAUGUAAUUCAAGGGCACAUCUGUCUGAUAUACUAAUGAUAAACUCAUCAUCUGAUACAAUAACGUAGCAUGUGUGACUGUUGAUGGAAAGAUGCUCAAUAAAAAGUAGGAGAGCUAAGGCACUUGCAAAAGAUGAGUCCCGAAUUUUUGUUAGGAUGACUGUAUAAAAUGCAUAUAAAUUACUAUUCUAAAUAAAUUCUUUGUUGUAGUUAGCAUACAUUUUUACUGUAGUUUGAGUGAAGAGCAGUGUAAGGGUGUAGGCUGCAAAUGUUAAUGGAGACUACUUGCAGGCUGAAAAGCAGAACAGAAAAAUAACAUAUACAGUACGUAUCUUUACAUGUGAGGGAGAAUAGUGUAAGGUGUGAUCAAAGUUGAAGUUUUCUGAUGCAUUUUUUCAAAUGAUGAAUUCUUUCAAAGUUCCACAGAUGGAAAGAUUACUGAAACUGUGGAAGGGAGAGGUAAAAGAGGAAUCCCACUGCUUGAACAACAAAGAAGACUGAUAUAUUAGUAUUAAUGGCCAAAAAGAUGGAAAGUGGGACACAGCCUCCUCUGCCUGAAUUGGCAGUUUGUCAACUUGGUUUGUGAAUUUUACAUGUAAAACAUGGAUUUGUAGAUUUUUUUAGCAAAUUUAUAUGAGCAGGAUAAAUCAGUACCAUGUGGACAGCUAGUGUUGAGAAGCCUUGUGUUAUUAAACAUCUCUAUUACAUAUAGGCCCCAGGACUGUAUGUAUAGAAUUGAAUUGUGAUACACAGUGAGAUAAAAAAAUCCUAGAUUUUACAGAAAUGUUACAGAUCCAAAGUGAUUGUAACCUACAGUAUGUUGUUCAACACAACUCCUUAAAGAAAUUCACACCUACACCUUCUAGGUCUGCCUGAAAAUGUGGGCAUGAAAACCCUACAUUUUUUAUUAAUCAAAAGGUUUUGAGAGAUAAAUUAUACUGGUGACCAUUCCAAGUGGAAAAGAAGAAUGCUGCUGUAAUACACAUCUCUAUUGCUCAUGAAUCACCAAGACUCCACCAGGGGGACAGGAGAGUCUGAGAGCUUGAGUGUGCUCAGACUUAGGUCUCAACCCCUUGCAGCAUUAAUUGAGACACAUGGCGAGCAGGGAGCUGCCAGUUACCCAUCUCUAUUGGUUUUUCCCAGAGCAUACUCAUUGCUGGCAUUUUGGCUUUGUUUUAUGAAUUACUGAGUUGUUGGGGUAAUGUCAGGACUGACAACUGCCUGGACACACGUUCAGUGCUUUAGUGCUCAGAAGAAACUGUUUUACAGGGCUGGACAGCAUGGUGCUUUGAUAGGGAACUUGUGUCAGUUUCCAAAAAAAAGAGAAACAGAAAAGAGUGGAAAGAGGAAACAAACAAGAAGAGAGAGUGAGAGACCUUUCUUCAAAAGGGUAGGAUCCAAAUAAAUUCCCUACUUCAGGCCAUGAGACACUGUAGCCUUGGUAACAGAGCCUACAACAUUUUUGUUUGUUUGCUUUGAUAAACUCUGCAAGUGACACCUGGCAAUCUUAUAAAAAUAAAAAUCUGUUUAUUCGCUUUUA